AUGUUCCGCAGGGCGCGCCUUAGCGUGAAGCCGAAUGUCAGGCCUGGUUUAGGUGCCAGGGGCUCCGCCACUUCCACCCCGCAGCGUGGAAAAGAGGCUCCCAGGCCGCCGGAGCCUCCAGCGACCUCAGCUCCCAAACCAGCUGAACCUGCAGAUGUGCCCGUGGCGGAUUUCGGGGGAGCCGAACCUCAAGAAAAGAGUCCCCAAAGCAGUUUUAACAAUGAUGAAAAGACUGAUGGUGAAAACAAUGUUGAAGAAUCCAGUAAAUCUCCUCCCACUGCUUCACAGAGAAGAAAACGAGUAUCAAGUACUUCGUGUCUGGAUAAACUUGGUGUCAUUGUUCCUUCCGAACCUCAUCCUUUGUCUCCCAUUCAAGAAGUUCCACAACCAAGCCCUGUCCCAGCAAAAGAGAAACAGCCAUGCUCAGACAGAUAUCGAAUCUAUAAAGCUCAAAAACUAAGAGAAAUGUUAAGAGAAGAGUUGAGAAAAGAGAAGAAACAAUGGAAGAACAAAUAUGCAUUAAAUGAAAGCCAGAAACCAUUGGAUCGUUCAAAAAUGACAAUGAGAGAUUUCAUAUAUUAUCUGCCAAAUAGCAAUCCAAUGACUUCUUCACUGGAACAAGAAAAGAAAACGGAAAAAUCAACACCAGUCCAGACAAGAGAGCAAGAAAAUAAGAGUACUACUAAUGCUGAAGUAAAUGAAGAAGCAGAAGAAGAGGCUGAUGAUGGGCCAUUGCUGGUUCCUCGAGUAAAAGUGGCAGAAGAUGGUUCUAUUAUUUUGGAUGAGGAAAGUUUGACGGUAGAAGUUUUACGGACAAAAGGCCCUUGUGUUGUUGAGGAAAAUGAUCCCAUAUUUGAGCGUGGUUCUACAACUACAUAUUCCAGCUUUAGGAAAAACUAUUAUUCCAAACCAUGGUCAAAUAAAGAAACAGAUAUGUUCUUUUUAGCCAUUAGCAUGGUGGGAACUGACUUUUCUAUGAUUGGACAACUUUUUCCUCACAGAGCAAGGAUUGAAAUUAAGAAUAAAUUUAAACGUGAAGAGAAAACAAAUGGAUGGAGAAUAGACAAAGCAUUUCAGGAAAAGCGCGCUUUUGACUUCGAUUUUUUUGCUCAUUUGCUUCAGAAAGUUCUUGCUGAAGAAGAGAAAAGAAAACAAAAAUCAGUUAAAAGUAACAAUUCAAAGGAGAAGAAACCCUCCAAACCACGGAAAAAUGUUAAAGCGAAGAAAGUUGUCAGUGAAAUAGUGAAUGAUGGUCCAGAUGAGUCUGUGAGUACUAAAAUUUCAGACACAGAAGAGCUUGAAAAGGAUAUUCAGACAACUGAAGAACAGCCAUCUCUAACUUUAUCACAAGAUUCAGCCCAGAUUACAUUAGAAUCAAACCUAAGGCAAAAGAAAAGUAGACGGCGGAAUCAAGAUAAAACUGAAGAGCAAGAAGUAGGAAAUCUUUUGGAAGAUGACUGUGCUCCAUCAGGCCCUAAAGGAGAAAAACACAAAAGUAAAUGUGAGUCUGUAAGGCCAGAGGUAAAUGAAGGUGAAUGUAGCGGCGAACAGAAGCUUUCCAGUGUACAGGACCCAGAUGACAUUGAAGACUUACCCUCUAGUCAAGAAAUUGAGAAAAAAACAGACCAUUUCCUUCCAUCAAGUAACCAACAAGAUACCAUGUCACUAUCAACCCAGUCUGCAGAAUGUAGCACUUCAAAUUUGCCACCCUCAGAAGCUGGAACCAGUAGAGUAUUGUCUGAAGUGAAUAAUACUGAAAGUUGUACAGAAGAAACAAAUGUUGACCUAAAUAAGAAGUCAUUGGAAACGAAUCAAACAGAAAAUCUUAAACCUAAGGUGAGAGGACGACUCCAGAGGCCUAAACCCAAUUUAUCAAGAGCAGUUGGGAAGAAACCAGCUAUCUCACAAGGAAAAACAGAUACUGAGAAUAAGAGUUCUCAUCCAGAAACUUCAAUUGAAAAGAAUCCUAUGGGAAAGGAUAAAAUUAAUACUUUGGACAGUUUGGGAAUAGAGAAUUCAGAGAACGAGAGCACAGAAGCUGGAACUGUAUCUAAUUUGAGUGAACAAAUUUGUCUGCAGGAAGAUAGUCAGUCAAAGACUUCCAGACCUGUACGACUAGCAAGGGGCCGAUUGCAAAGGCUAAAACCAAAUGUUGGUAAAGUUGCUGAAAGAAAAGAAAUUCUAGCAUCACAGCAAGAAUUUGGGGCCAGUGAAGAAAAAACGAAAAAUGAACCUAAUGUUGAUAAAGCUUUUCCUGAGCAAAUGGAAGAUCAGUCAUGUAAAGUUGUUGCUUGUGGAGAUACUGCAUCACAGUCUGAGAAAAAAGAUACAUCUUUUCAAAAUGUGCAACAGGAUGAGCCCAUGAAUGUCAGUGAAUGUGUAAGCAUUCAAGAGAGUAAUGAAGCAAAUACACUCAAACAAUCCCGAACUGUAAGGACUCGAUUCCAGAAACUAAAACCAAAUCUAGGAAGAGGAACUAGAAGAAAACAAGUUUUCUCAAGGGAAGAGGAACCAGAGAAGACUUUUGCCUCUGGAGAAAUGGAAUCAACUUUGAAUGAAAUUAUAAGACUAGAAACUUCAUUAGGGGAGAAAGUAUCAAUGGAGGUGAAUCCUACUAAAGAAAUGGAGAAAGAUUCCAAAGAACCUGAAACAGGAGACAUCUUUCUAAGAGAGACUAUACCAGAAAUUACUGACAUUGCCAUGGAAAUGGAGACAGGUUCAAAAGAGACUGAAGAGAUUUCCCCAGCUGAGAACAUAUUAGAAGGAAUUGAUGUACUUGAAGCAGAAAUUGAUUUGGAAGAAACUAAAAAAAGAGAAAUAUUCCCAUUGGAAAAGGCCUUGGAAGAAGUCAGUACUAUAAAUAGAGUGGAGAUAGAUUUGGAAAAAACUGAAGGAGAGUUUUCCCCAAGAAAGAAGUUAAUACCAGAAAUGACUGCCACUGCUGAGGAAAGAGAAGCAGACUUAAAAGAAACUGGAAUAAGAGAGAUAUCUUCAUGGGAAAUCAUUCCAGAGGAGACCAGAACUGCAGGUGAAGUUGAGAAAGAUUUGAAAACAACUGCCAGAGAGACUUUUCCUGGAAAGAUAAUAGUAGAUUUUAAUACUGCUCCUGAGGAAAGAGAGGCAGAUGUGGAUGAAACUGAAGGAGCGAUAUCUCCAUUGGAAAAGGCGCUAGAAGAAGUAAAAACUUUAGAUGAAAUGGAAACAGAUUUGAAAAGUACUGAAAGACUUAUUUCUCCUAGGAGGAAGAUAAUAGAAAUGAUUGUUGCACCUGAGGCAAAAGAGGCAGAUUUAGAAGAAACUGAAAAAAGAGACAUUCCACAAGGGAAAAAGGUUCCAGAGGAUGUUAAGACUAUAGGUGAAGUAGAGAAAGAUUUUAAAACAACUGAGAGAGAGAUAAGCCUAGGGAAGAGUAUAGCAGAAAUGACUGCUAACCCUGAGGAGAGAGAGGCAGAUUUAGAGAAAACUGGAAAAAGAGAAAUAUCCCCAUGUGAAAAGAUUGCAGAAGAUGCUACGGCUGUAAGUGAAGUAGAAAAUGAUUUGAAAGAAACUGAAAGAGGAAUUUCCCUAAGGAAGAAAAUAGCGAAAAUGACUGCUGCACCUCAAGAGAAAGAGGCAAAUCUGGAAGAAAUGGAAAAAGAAAUUUCUCUUAAGGAAAGUUCCUCAGAGACAGUCAAGACUGUAGGUGAAGUAGAGAAAGAUUUGGAAGAAGUCAGAGGAGAGAUUUCCUCAGAUGAAAAUAUCAUAAAAGAGGCCAGUGCCACAGGAGAGAGAGAGAUUGAUUUGGGAGAAAUGGGAAAAGAAAAUAUUUUCCUUAUGGACCUGGCAUCAGCAAAGAUGAGUAUCUUUGAGGAAAUGCAGGCAGAUUUGAAAGAUCCUAAUGGAGAUAUUUCCUUGAGGGAAAGAGAAUCAGAAGAUAUCAGUGCUGCUGAAGAAACCAAUUUGAAAAGUGCAAGAGAAAAAAAUACUUUUCAAAGGGAGAAUGAACCAGAGAAGAUUGAAAUCUCAAAACAGACUGAGACAAGUUUGAUACUGAGCAGUAGUGAUAACUGCAGCCUUGCACCUUCAAAAGAUAUACAAAUCAUUAGCAAUGAUAUAGUAUCAGCAGAGCGUACACCUGGAGGAGAGAAAAGAAAUUCUGAGGCCGAAGAAGAAAAGCAGUUAAGUGAGUCAAAGACUUCAUUAGGAACUUCAGAACUUGGUAAGACAGAAGACCAUGGAAUGCAGUCUCCAGAUGUUCCGGAGCAGAUUUUAGAUACCACUUUAAGCAGCUCUCUUCCUCAAGAACAGAAGCCUUUUGAAAGUAAAACUAAACCUUUUGUGAGAAGUCGAUUCAAAAAACCAAAGCCGAAUUUAUCAAGAGCAACUCUAAAGAGAGAAAUUACAGAAGCAGAAAGAUGUGUGCCUGGGAAGAAAUCAGAAACUGAGAAAUCAGAAAUGGAGACUAUUGUAAUACAACAGAAGAAUAAACAAACUAAUGACCAACCUCAAGAUGAUAUGGUUUCCCUAAUGACACCAAGGGAAAAAAGUGAAUCAGAUCACAAGGAAGAAAAGGCUGUGAUAAUACCAUGUGUACAGACUGAAGAGAACCUUUCACAUUCACAUUCUGUUGGGCCACCGGAGCAGUCUCAGACUACAGAAGCCCAGGAAAAUGACUUAGUAGCUUCUAUAGGUGCUUGUAAUAUAAACAGUUUACAAGAAAUAAAACAAAGUGAGGUCCAAACUACUCAACCAGUGCGACGCCGACUUCUGAGACCAAAACCAAACAUAAGAAGGAUUGAACAGAGGCAAAUAUCUGAAAAAGGUCAAGGUAAAGACAUAACUAAGGAAGAAAAGCCAGUGUUAGAAAAAGAUGAGACUAAACAGUUGCCUCCUAUGCCAGAUUUUCAAAUUGGAACUGAAAUUGACGUUGUGUCCUCCAAGGUUUCUGAGUGUAGCAUCAAUGAAAGCCAGAGUCUUGUAGUUCUUGGAGAAAGCCUUCAUGUAAACAAAGAUAAUGCUUCAAAUGAAAACCCAAGAGAGGACCACAAACCUUACACUCCUAGUCCAGCGCCAUUGGUGAGACGGUCAUUCAAGAGGGCCAGGCCAAAUCUGGAAAGGGCCCACACUAAGAGAAAGAAACCAGGAACAGAGAAAGAUGUGGCAGCUCAGAAUGAGGCAAUAAAGCCUGAAAAGAAUUUGUUGCAGGAAGAAAAUUCUGAUGACCAGUUAAUUCUCAAAGAAAAGACUGAACUUCUGACGUCUCUGGAAAUUUCAGCAAGAAAAGAUUAUGUAGUUCCUAAAGAGACUGUUUUAGCCAAAAAAGAUUCACACUCUGAAGAAUGUAGAGCAUUGGGAAGUACUGAAAAGGAAACCAUAGGCGAUAAUUCUAGGUCUUCAGGAGUUGAAGAACAGUGUAUCAGUAAGCCACCAAGCUGUCCAAAACGGUUAAAAGAAUCCAAUUACUCAAAAAUUGCACUGGAUCAAAGAACAGCUAUUUCUUCUGCCUCUGAAUGUGAAGUAGAUCUUGGUGAAAGGAGAAUACAUCGAAAGAGCAAACCAAGUGCCACCAAAGGGCGUGGAUCCAGGCGGAAUCGAGGUAAAAGCUCUAAGAAGGAACCUAGAUCUGUCAGAUCUGUGCUGGUGACUCUUCGGGCUUCCCAGCAAGAAGAUGAAGAUGAUAUUGAAGAUUUUGACUCUGAUUAUGAAGAAGAAAGCUAUCACCUUGCCCCGGAAGAAGUAAACAAAGCUCCAGUAUUUGUACCCCUCGGUCUUCGAUCUCCUGAACCUGUUCCUACACAGAUUGAGGAAACUAUGGAAGAGCUUGAAAUAGCUGUGGAUGUCCCAGAUACUCCAUGCAUAGCUCCUGUUGAACAUCACCUCUUAAAUACAGAUGUUAUUAUUCAGGAGAUGAAUCAAGAAGAAAAUUUGAAUGCAUUAUCAAUUGAAGUGACCACAAGUGAACAUACUCAAGAUGAAACAGGUGCCAGUGAUGGAAGCACUGAAGCUGCCAUAGCUUUACUGACAAUGGGAGAUCUGGUGUUACAGUCUGAGAUCAGUACUGAACCCCCGAGUGGUGAAAUAGAUGUACUUCCUCUUCUCGAUGCAAAGGACCAUAGCCAUGUUCCUUCUAGCCCAAUUAAUGUUAGUCACAGCAUUGUUCAUGAAUGUCAAGAGCUUUCUUUACCUGUUGUUAGUGUAUCUCCUGCAUUGUUCGAAGAAAACAAGACUGAAUUGCAAGAACAAAGUGCUAGAGACGAAAUUGGUUCAAUGGAAAAUGUAAAGGAAGAUACUGCACCAGCCAGGGAAACAGUCUCUAAAGUGACCAGUAACUUGAAAAUAAGAAAUAGAUUUCCCAAGCCUAAGCCAAAUCUGAAGAGGAUUUUAGGGACCAGAAGGCCUGUUGCUCGUCAAGAAGUUCCCAGUUUGACUAUAAUUGAAGGGGGGAAAGUAGAAAUUCAGAAUGAAACUGAGAAAAGUACUGUCCAGGGAACAGAAUUGGAUGAUAAUAGUCUUGGAUCAAUUAUAACAAUGGAGAAUAAAGAACAGAGCAAAUUAACAUGUGCAUAUGGUAUUGAAGGAACCAGUAUUUCACAAGAAGCAAACCUGACUAAAAGAAAUGAAGCCCAGGAAGAGGGGUCUCAAGAGGUUCAGAAAUUAUCAGUUGCUUCAACAGUUUCUUCAGAAACAGAAAUUCACCCUCUUGGUCUGGAUAGGAAUCUCGGAGAGAAUUCUGUUAACGAGCCCCUGAGAGAACAUUGCAGUGGAAACAGUGUACUUACAAUUCAUGAACCAGAGUGUAUACCAAAUAGUAUUCCAGAAGUCCAGCAGGAGAGUAUAUUCAGUCCUCAAGACCUAGCAGUGAAUCUGUUUCCUAACAUACAUCAAGAUGGAGAGGAUGAGCAAACAUUCAUCUUAACUCUGGUGGAAAUCCCAACUAGUGAAGUAGAAGGGUUUACUAAUAACACUGCAGAGUUAUUGCCGAACCCUUUAUUGCCAGCGCCCAUAUUGGUUAAAUCAGUGAAUACAGAAGAAAAGGGUGACCUGAGUAUGAGAUUUCCUGUAACUUCAGUUUGUCCAGAUGUUGCUUAUUUAUCUAAUUCUGGAACAGAUGAUUCUGAAAAGCCUUCUGCUACUUUUGAUCUUGCAUCUAGGAAAAGAGUUCUUGGCAGGCUUGAAGAAAGUGACUAUGUUCCUCCUGCCAAAAAAUGUUCUUUAACUUCAGGAGAUGAUGGUCACAAAUAUACCUCUGAGGUGUUUUCAAGGGAAUUAAUAAAUGUUUUUGAGGAAACAGGGGACUCUUACAAAGGACGAAGUAUUUUUCCUACCUCAGGAAGCACAUGUACAACUCCAGAACCUCAGAAAGGGCAACUUGAAUCUACUUUACAGAGUAUAGGAAGUAGAUCUCUUGAUUCAGUAGUAGUUGCACAUAAUGAAAGGAAUGCACCUCAGUUACCUCAGGAUGGGACACUUGCUUCUGAUAGAGCAAAAACUGGUGUUGCUUCUAAUUCUGAACAAAUGGGCAGCAAAACAUCAUCUUCCAAAACUCCACUAUCCAGACGUGGCCGAAGACCUCUGGGAUUUUUGUCUUUAAUUUGCUCAAGGAGUAAUUUGGAAUCUGAUGAGCCUAUUCAAACCCACAGUAAAAAGCGCCUAAAACCUUAUAUACCUGUAUCAAGGAGAAAUUUGAAAAAAUCGAAUCCACCCAGUGAAAGCCAGAAAAAUCCCCAAGAGCCCUUGGAUCCACUUCCAUCUUCAAGUGUUGUUAAUACUCCGUCUGAGAAUAUCGCCAAUUUAGCAGCUCAGGUUCCUUCUGAUCAACCCUUACUGAAAGAAGGAAGUAAACGUGACCAAAAGCAGGCAUCUGAAGAGGAGUCAGUCAGUAUCUCUGAAUAUUUCUUUAAUGAUAUCUUUAUUGAAGUGGAUGAAACAGAAUAA